AUGGGAGAGCUAUCUGAUGCCCAUUGCCAUGCGACAUCAGGUCUAGAUGUAGAAAAAUUAGUAAGUAUUUUAAAAGCUAGAAACUUCAAUUGUUGUUUAAUGUCAACUUAUUGGAGAGACUGGGAGUUAAUACAGCGAGUGAGGCCUUUGCGCACAUUACUGAAAAGCCAGGGAAUUCACCCUUGGUUUAGCCAUUUAUAUCGAGUAGAUAAAACUUUGAGCAAAGCGGAGCAUUACAUGACAGCCAUAUCAGGAGCCAAUGGAGAUACAAAGUCGUUUCAGAUUUUGCUGGAUUUGUUGCCAGAGCCUAUAGACCUAAGUUUGGAUGAACUGGCUACUGACUUCGAAAUUCUCGGUUUGACUAAAUUUAGAGUGGACAUCGACCAUCAAAAGAAAAUCUUAGGCAUCUUCCUGGAAUUGGCCUACAGAAAAAGGGUUCCUGUAUCUGUUCAUUGUGUCAAAGCUCAUGGCGCUCUGUUGGACCAGGUACUAAAAGUUUAUGCACGAGACGACUCGGCGAUAUGUCUUCACUCUUAUAACGGCCCCAUUUCUCAGACACACCAAUGGCUGAAGAAGUUUCCUAAUAGUAUUUAUUUCUCCUUUCCAUUAUUCACUAUAGUUGAAGAGGAGCAAGCCCAAAAGUACAGAGAACUACUGAAGGUAAUCCCUAUUGAUAGGGUUCUAAUUGAAACAGACCGAGCCAUCGACUCAUAUGAUUCUGCAAAUGCUCAUUAUCAGGACUUGAAAAAGUCAGCCCAGUUACUAGCUAGAUUUACUGAUAGAUCUUAUGAGGAAGUGGAAAGGAUUUUGGAAAGAAACUUUGCUAGAUUUGUAAAUAGAUGUGAUUAG